AUGAUUAAGAACUAUGGGGAGGAUCCAUAUGUCCUUAAGCAGUGUUUGUUAGGCGAGGCCUUGAAAGUGGUACUUGGGGUUGAUGAUGAUUUCCAUAAGAUGAUGGCCAGACUUGAUGAAAAAUUUGGAAAUGUAACAAAGGUGGUGGACUCUGUUUUGUGUGAGAUAAGAGCCCUUAAGCCUGUGCCAGAAGGCAACAACAAAAAACUUGUGGAAUUGGUGAAUACUGUGGAGAGGGGAUGGCUUGAUAUGUGUAAGCUAGAUCUUAAAUCAGAAAUGAAUAACACUACUGUAAUUAGCUUAGUAGAAAAGCUCUUACCCCCAGCAAUUGAAAAGGGAAUGGGUUUUUUUAAAAAGCUAGUGAAGUCCCAAAGUGAGAAGGAAUUUGGAAAAUUAUUAGAAUUUUUAGAAAAAGAAAGGAAGGUAAUAGAGUAUGUGCAGGAAGGAGUGAGGUCAAGGGCAGCAGUGCACAGUGCGACUCAUGAGGAUCACUGUUAUACAGAUAAUUUGAAUGAAGCAAUUAAGCAGUUAAGAGAAAACCAAGAGUCGCAACAACAACAAUUAAAUGAAUGCAAGGUAGAUUUGUUAAUUGGCGUGGAUCACAGUAGCAUGAUACCUCAAGUGGUUAGAACCAUUGAUACCUUACAGCUAAUGCAAAACAAUUUUGGAAUGUGUGUAAGAGGUUCAUAUCCAGUUAUGAAUAAGAAUAUGGGUACUAAUAGUGUCUUAACGGUAAGGAUUAGCCACAUGACUGUAGCUACUGAGGUCAAUGACAUCAUACCACGAUACAGUGAGAACCUCUCAAAACAGUUAGAAGAUUUUUUUUCAGUUGAAAAUUUUGGAACUUCAUGUAUACCUAAAUGUAGUGGUUGUAAAUGUGGGAAGUGUUCAUUGAGUGGGGAACAUAGCUUGAAGGAGGAAAUGGAAUUAAAACAGAUAGAAGAAGGACUUAAUUAUGAUUCAAUAAAUGGGUAUUGGAUUGCAAGCUAUCCAUGGAUUAAGGAUCCUAACAAACUCCCUAAUAAUGUUUCCCUUGCAUAUGGAAGACUAAAAUCUACUGAACGAAGGUUAAUAAAGCUCGGGAGCGAUUACUCUAAAAAAUAUAAUGAUCAGAUUUUAGAUAUGGUUCAUAGGGAAGUUGCUAGAAAAUUGAACAUAGAUGAGAUAAGUAAUUAUAAUGGUCCCGUUCACUACUUGCCCCACCAUGAAGUCCACAAGCCAGACUCAGUUUCUACCCCUUUGAGAAUUGUGUUCAACUCUUCUUCCUCUUACCUUGGUCACGUACUCAAUGAUUACUUUGCAAAGGGCCCUGAUGUGCUAAACAACAUGAUUGCUAUACUGAUACGUUUUAGGCAACAUGCUGUGGCCUUCGUAGCAGAUAUUAAGAAAAUGUACAACUCUGUACGAAUUUCAGAACUUGAUCAACAUACUCAUAGGUUUUUGUGGCGGGACUUAGAAACUGACAGAGAGCCAGAUCACUAUGUGCUUACUACUGUGACCUUUGGUGAUAGACCUAGUGGCAUAAUAGCAAUGAUGGCCUUACGUAAAACCACCGAGAUGGAUGAAUCCUUUCCCCUAACUGCAGAGUUGAUCAAUCGCAACUCGUAUGUUGAUGAUAUACUGUCAAGUGUAUCGACGGUUGAAAGGGCUAAGAGAAGUAUUGUAGAAGCUAAUGCAAAAUUAUCUCGGGGAGGAUUUCAGAUCAAGCACUGGGUUAUGUCAGGUGAGAGUCCAGAAGAUAAUUUUCUUAACAUCUUGAAAACUGAUAAGGAAAAGCCUAAAGACGCCGUUGGUAAGCCUGAUUUAGUCAUUUUUGCAGAUGCAAGUAAGUUAGCUUAUGGAGCCUGUGCGUACUUGAGGUGGAAAGUGAGGGAAGGACCCUUUGUAAGUAAACUCUUGAUGGCAAAGAAUAGGAUUGCUCCUACUCGACAGCUCACCAUCCCACGGUUAGAGUUGUGUGGGGCUGUGUUGGCCUGCCGGUUGAGGACUGUGAUUGAGAAGGAAAUAGACAUUGAACUUGAGUCAGUCAUACAUAUUAUUGAUUCAUCUAUUGUCAGAGCACAAAUUUGUAAUAAGUCAAGCAGUUUUAAUAUUUUUGUCGCUACUAGAGUAGCAGAAAUUCAAACUAAAUCAAAAUCUGUUGAAUGGUUUUGGACAUCCUCAGGAAAUAAUCCAGCAGACUUAACUACAAGGCCUACACACCCUAUGCUUUUAGAUUCUGAUUCUUUAUGGCAGAAUGGACCCCCAUUUAUGUGUUUACCUGUUAGUGAAUGGCCCAUCAGUCAGUCAAAUGAUCUCGAACUACCAGAUAUUGCUCCAGUCAAAAUUGUAAAUAAUCUAUAUAGGGAUAAUACUGUUAUAAUUGAUGUAAAUAGAUAUGGUAGUUACAGUAAGCUUUUAAGAGUGACUGCUAGAGUUUUGAAGGCAGAUAGGUUGAGGUCAUUUAAAGGUGUCUCUUUAGUUCCUCACUCAGAUGAUCUGAAAGUAGCAGAGGAUAUAUGGGUGGGGUGGGUCCAGAAGACUAUAGCUGGUGACUGGGAAAAGAGAUAUGAGAGACUUGGAGCUGUGAUGAAUGAGGAAGGUUUAAUAUGUGUUGGCCAAAGGAUUUCAGUAUGGCUGAAGGAUAAUUGGAACAGGAGUACAUUUGUAUUGUUACCUGUUAGGCAUUCAUUCACAAGAUUGUAUGUUAAACACAUCCAUGAGAUAGAUCAUGCUGGUGUAGAGGUAACCUUAGCCAAAUUGCAAUCCAAGUUUUGGGUGCCUGGAGCCAGGAAACUUAUAAAGUCAGUGAAGGCUCGGUGUGUCAUUUGUCGUAAAUUGGCUAAGAAGACUGAAGAGCAAUGCAUGGGUCAGUGUCCAUCUGAGAGACUUCAACCCGCCCCACCCAUUUUUAAUACAGCUAUUGAUUUGUUUGGACCAUUUAUUGUGAAAGACACGGUCAAGAGGCGCACUAGAAAAAGGUUUAUGGGAUAA